AAAACGCGUUCGCUACCAUUGGCUCUUUCCCUGAUGAACUCGAGGUGAAGCGAGAUUUUGUGUUUACCUCUGUACGUUUGCUCGCCAAUUUGCUCAAAUUACCCGUCUACCGUUUAUCUCUUCUUUGCUCUCGCCUUCCCUCUCUUGUCACCGAACAACAAUACACUCAUUUUAUUUCCACUCGGUUUGGUUCUCCACACACUCACUUACCUCUCUUAUCUCACUCGCUUUUACAGCAAGCUCUCCACUCUCUUUAUAGCUCUUCUUCAAUCGCUUCUGUCAUCAUGAACAGCAUGCGCACGCUCACUCUUGUUGUGGUCGCUGCUAGCGCCGCCGCCGAAGUUGUGAACAACGGUGGACGCUUUGGCGACUCCGUCUUUGCUCCUGCAAUGGCUCCACGCGACGAGGUCUGCCCCGAGCUACCUGCGUUCUGCACUGGCCCUGCUAUGCUGCACGGCGAGGCAACUACCCUGACGUAUCUCUGCCCUGAGAAGACAAAGGUCCCUUCGACUGUCCAUGUCACCAUCACGACGACUACGACGGUCACCGAGGCGGGCGCUACGAGCAGUGUGGCUCCAGUUCCUACGCUCACUGCGCUUCCCGAGAACACUUCCGUUGCACCUGAGCCGACGACGACUACCACGAUUCACUCCACGUCGACCCAGUACAAGACAGUCACAGUCAGCAAGAUCCACUCAACCUCCGAGGCCAGCAUUCCCACGCCUGUCCCAACCCAGGACGAGCCAGUGUACACGAUCCAGACCUCGAUCCCGUCUUCAAUUCCAGCCGAGACGUCUGCCGUCCAGUACCCGACUUUCUCGCUGCCCGUCGCAAACGGCACGACCAUCGGUGUGUCCUUCUCAAACUCCAUCUGCAACUCAUCCCUCGUUGCUCCAACACCGUUCUACCCGAACUCAACCGCUCACGGCGCCUACGGUACUCCGACUGCGAACUUUGUCCGCCAGCUGGAUCCCGCCGAGUCAUCGACAGCGCUGGGCACAAACAUGGCUGGGCAAACCAGCGUGUCGCUCUUCACUCUCUUCCUCGGAGUCGUGGCUGUUGCCUUGGCCAUCUAGGCCUCAUACCUCUGUGGUGAUGACAGGGGAUUUUUUUGGGGGAAUAUCUGGGGACUAAGCUACGGUAGGAUAUGUGGCAUCUUUUUUUCACGGAUGUCUGGCAAUGAAAGUGUAUACUAUCCCAACGCUCGGGUUAGCGUUGCAGGCCAUAGGUCGAUGACGGAAACGAAUGGAUGGAUGGAUAAAUGAUACCCC